UUAUAUAUAACAUCAAAUAAUAGACAUAUAGUUGAAUCGUAUUGAUAUAAAAUUGAUAAAGUCGAAGUAACAGGCGCGAGGAACAUGAUGUAAGAUACCAUGGUUGUAUCUAAUCUCUGCGACGUCGAAGAAGCGUCCGGCAGAGUGCAACAAGAACAAAUAUUGUAACCAGAAGGGGGAACUUUCGGUGUAUCGAUGGUCGGCUAUUAAUACAGACCGGUUGUUAGUGCUACACGCAGCAUCAGUUUCUUCGAUAAUAAACGGUGUUUUCCAUCUAUUCAUCAAAUGAUUAUUGGAAAUUUCGAGUAAUUGACGACACAAUUGCCGUGUUCGAUUAGUCAGAUGGUGAAAAUAUUUUAAUGGAAAUCAAGUGCUAUAUUCGUGUGUUUAAAAUCUAAACGAGAGAAUGAAAUUCGUCGUAUUUUUUCUCCUGUUCAAUUUACUAAUCAUCGUUGUUGCAUAUAAAAAAGAGCAGUGUCAACGAAGAACAGACGAGGAACUUAUCUGGGAGUAUGACGUCAGAAGACCGUACAGGAUCGGUGCAUAUCAAGAAGUGGAGGCAGAGUAUGGACCAGCCGAUGUGACAAUCACGUGUAUAGGAGUAGAUUCUCUAUCUGACGAGAACAAUGGAGCCAUGUGGGUGACAUCCGGUGGAAUAGGAUAUAAUUUCAUUAAAAUUAAAUUCAAAUCGAAAUAUUCUAGAGGAUUUCAUUAUCGAGUUUAUGUUUAUGGAAAACCACAUCGAAUAAAUAACUUUAAUUUAUUGUAAUGUUCGUAAUGAUAAUUCCUUGUGUUAUCAAUAACAAUUAAGAAUGUAUUUUGAUAAAAUUCUUUUUCUGAUAUA